AUGACCGGGACGCUGAGAACACAGCAUCUAGCAGAACCGACCGCACCGGGAUGGGCCUCGACUGCCAAGACCAUGACGCAUUGGGGAUGGGCCGUGUUGAUCGGAGCGGCAGAUCACGGACGGAUCAACGAUACAUCAGACGUUGUCAUGACAACAAAAGAUGUCCUAGUCCACGGACCUCAGAUGAAGGUCGUCAGGUUGGUCGUCUGUCGUCUGGUGGACAUGACGCGGGUAUCAUCCGACGACCCGAAAGCAGUUAUUCGAGCAGGAAGACCAUCAGAGCGAUCAAAUGGAAAACAACGACAACUCUCUUCUCUUCCCAGAAGACCUCCAACUUUUACUUCUUGGGCAUUGAGUGAAAACUGGAAAUCCUUCAAUCCUCUUCUGGGUCUGGAGGGAGUGUUGGUCCAUAAAGGUCUUCCCGAUCCCCUGAGAGAGAAUGUUCAUUGGAGUACGAGGUCUGGGAAGUUCGGGAGAAGGGAAGCGGAGUGGUAUAAUGGUGUCCUCGAAGAACAACCAGAGAUCAUCGGUUCAAGUUCCGCAUCGACGGGGGAGAUGGUCGCGCUCUGGGAGAGGGAUGGAAACAAGACGAGUAAUGCAACUGACUCGAGUUCGAUCGGAGAGGGAGAGAUGGAUUGCGGGUGGGUAAUGUGCGACGAUGAAGAUGACCCGGAUUGUGUCGAAUAUGACGAUACUGAUGAAGGUUCGGAAGAAAAGUCAUCCAUGGCCGAAUACCAACCUUCUACGCAGACCGACAACACGACAAACGAUGGAGGAGGGAAUGACACUUCUGGUGAUAAUGCCGAUAUCGGAGGUGCAGGAGAUGACUCCCCAACUGGAAAUUCCAGUUCUUCUUCACCCGGGACAGAUGGAGGUCAGAUGGACGAUGGUAGUCCAGGAACAGAAGAUGAAAGCUCGAAUGACAAUACGCGAAAAAGGGAGGUUGUUGAGGCAAGUGAGGUAGUGUGGAAUUUGUGGUUCGGUCCAGGAGGCAUGUUCAUCAGUCCUUCUGAUCUCGAAUCGUUCGAAGUCCCCACGGUGAUCGAGACAGAAGUUGACAUGCCUCAAGAAGAGACGACCAUAUCGGGUUUGUUUUUAGGUCCUUCAGGACUCGUUUUGUCGGAACAUCAAUCGUUUUUGUCGCAAGCUGUGGUCAGUGAAGUGCUUGGCAAGCGAGAUCUGAAGGUCGAAUCUGUUCUGAAGAGAAGAGGUAAAUCACAUGACGACAAGGAAGAAGGAGAGGGGAAAGAUGAUCAGUCGGACGGCGACGACGGAAGUGAUGACGGAGAAGAGGAUGUUGAAGGCGACGAUGAAGAGGAUGGCGAUGAUCAGGGAGAUGAUGGAGAUGAGAAGGACAAAGAGGACGAAGAGAAUGAAGGGAGUUCGGAUAAAGUCAAAGAGGGGACAGGGAAGAACGGGAACGACCAAGAAGGAGAGAAAGGUGGGGUUAGCGAGGCAGACGAGAAAGACGUAACUCAAGAUCCAAAAGGAAAAGGGAAAACGAGCGACUCUGAUGUUGGUAAUGACGACGACACACCUUCCGAACAAAAAGAUGUCCUUCGUGGAAAAGGCAACAAGGGAAAGGGUGACAAAACCCAAGAAACCUCAGCGCAACCAGACGAAGAAGGCCAAAAGAACUCCGAUGACGCAGAUGGAAGUGAUGAGGAACAAAAUAAUGACUCACCUUCUUUCACGAAAUCCAAAUCUCCCAGCAACUCCAGAAACCACGCCAUCACCUCCACUUUGAAACACAUCUCCUCCACUCAAUCUCCCACCCUCACAAAGUCAAAUCAGCCAACCCAAACAGCUUCUGAAGCAUCGUCCGAUUGUUCGGCUCUCAACGAUCUAUACGAUUCUCUCUCAGGACAAUCAUGGUCCAACCAAACUGGCUGGACAUCGGGUUCAGAUUGUUGUACAUGGUUCGGAGUGACUUGUGGUCCAAGUGGAAAAGUUGAGAAACUCGAUCUUGUGGAGAAUGGGUUGGAAGGGACGAUACCGGAUUCUUUGUUUUCUCUCCAAAGUCUGAUCAGCCUUGACCUUUCCUCCAAUUCUUUGUCAUUCUCAAAUUCCAACAAAUUUGACCAUCUCACUCACCUAGUCCACUUAACCAUAACCAACUCAACUCUCUCCGGAGAAAUCCCCUCUUCUCUCCUCUCACAUCCCAUUCUUCAAACUCUGGACUUAGCAAAUAACGAUCUUUCCGGAUCCGCAUCGUUUACCUCGACGACACUGAAUAAUCUGAACCUUGCGCAUAACCAACUGACCGCGGUGGAUUUGACGUCGGCUACAGGACUUCAGAGGUUGAACGUGGGGUAUAAUCAAUUGAGUGGGAGUAUACAGCUCGAAGGGUUGGGAAAGUUGGUUUAUUUUGAUGGAUCAUUUAAUUCUCUUACUUCCCUCCCCAAUCUCACCUUACCCUCCCUCCAACACUUAGACUUACGUUCAAACCUUCUUAUCGGUCCCAUACCCGAUCUCUCAUCCCUCUCUUCUCUUACGACCUUAUACUUGGGAAACAAUUCUCUUUCAUUAUCACCCUCCACUCCGGCUCCUGCGAAAUUACAAACUUGUAUAUUGUUACCCAAUCCCAUUGAUCCAUGUUCACCACCAUUCGUUCCUUCUUCGACUUCACCAUAUGCACCUUAUUCCAUUACAUCUUCUUUACCCUCUAUCAACUCCCCAAACGCUGUGGAUGUUGCACCAGUUCCCAUGACUUCCUCAGGGGGUUCGGGUGAUAUUGAUACUGUUUCUAUCCCUUCGCCAGAUUUAGGAAAAGGGUUACAAGAUCAGAUUUUACCCAAUUCUGAUCCACAUAUCAGUCAUCCGAGAUCAGCCGGUGAGAGUGUAUCGUCCAUGUAUCCCCGAUUGGGGAGUGGAGAAACGUUUGCUCAUUCGGAUAUGGAAACGAGAGAAAAUCAACAAUUCAUCAGAGAAGGAGGGGGAGGGGUGUCAACAUUGGUGGAGAAAUGUAAGAUUAUAUGUCAUACAUCUCAACCACAACACAUAACCGUCUCACCUCUUCCUGGGGAAAACCUACAACCUAUAACGAAUACAAAUGAGAUAAGUCAAUCAAGUCAGUCCAAUACGGCGAGUGAUGAUGUGGGAGAAGCAGGGACUAAUCAAUCAAAUUUGCCGAGUGGUGGAGUUGUGAUAUCCAACGUAGCGAGUGGAAUGGGAAACCGAAAUGAAGAGUUGAAACAGACGGGUACUCCGAUAGGAACAAGUCAAAUGGGACAAAUAGAAUCAAUGGGAUCAAGUGGCAAGGGACAAACGGUAACGACCAAUGUAGGGAUCAACACCGAAGUAGAUGAGGGUAAUCCUGGAACCGGGCAAAACAAUCAAAACGGCAGACUAUCAUCUAGCGGAUAUGUGAAUGGCAACGGGGGGAAUACUGUGAAGAGUGGACAGGGUGGGAAUGGUACUCCUGGAGGAACAGGAGGGAAUGUUAAGGACGUACCGGUCUAUCUCCCUUCGAGUUCGGUAAAUUUGAGGGUGUAUCCAUGGACAAUGAUCCUUUUCAUCUUGUUUGGGUAUCUGGGGUUAUUAUGA